AUGAGUCAACCCGUUACAGGUACGACUUCAACGCCGGGGCAGGAUUUGGAUGGCAAGGGAGUUGGGAGAGUUAUUGCCAAAGUUAAGAACGCAUUUAAGUCUGACAAACGAGAAGCUACCGCCCCGAGCUCACAGACACCUUCUUCUCCACGGGACGACAUCCGAUCAGAUGCGAGCCAAGGAUCAACGUCUGCCUCCACGGUACCCAAACUGAAAAUUCUGGAGGAGCGUGCGAAGAAAAUGGGUGAAAAGUUUGGACUGGUCAUUGAAUCAUCCGAUUUAUUAAGCCACUCUCCAAACGAAACGGUUCUGCGAGUAGACAAACCUAUCCGGAUGCGCGUACGGCGCACUUGCCACCGGUGCAACACGACCUUUACAACUGGGAAUGAGUGCACGAUGUGUCAGCACGUUCGAUGCGAGAAAUGUCCCCGCCAUCCGCCCAAGGAAGCUGAGGGGUGUCUGGCCGAUCUUGCGCAGUUGGGGGAGGAGCUCAAGACCAACAAGGAAAAUCCUCCAAUCAUGCCCGACUAUUUCUGGGGUGACGAGCGAAUAGAAUUAAAACGGCCAAGCAAGACUGGAGGGCAGGAUUUGGUCCACAGAAAACCUCGACAGCGUGUUAGGAGGACGUGCCAUGAAUGCCAGACGUUAUUUGCUACUGGUAGUAGAAAGUGUGAGAACUGCAACCAUGUUCGUUGUACUGAUUGCCCACGGGAUCCGCCCAAAAAGGACAAGUACCCAUUCGGCUAUCCCGGUGAUGCGUUUGGACCAGAUUCUGAUGCACGAUUCGAGUGCAAUUCUUGCGAGGUGGUAUAUCCUGCUGGUGCCGAGGACGGUACUCCUUGCAUAAUGUGCGGCUUGGAAAAAUCUGUCGAGUCGCCUCGAGCCUUGCCACGAAAAGUGCAGCCUGCUCCCGACCUGGAGGUUCUCAGCAGACUACAGGCUAGAUUGGAUAGACUAAGAGCAAAGGACUCAAUCUGA